GGAACAGAGCAGGCGGUUUGUCGCAUUCAAAUCUCGGCUCUAUAAGCUUUGAUAAACGUCCGUUUCUCGCCUCUACCUUUCUUUGGCUGACAUUAGCUGGCACGUCAGUAAUAUAUGUGUUAGCAGAUUUGAUUUGAGUCCAAAAAUUACCAAUACGGCGUAGUCAAACACACGUGUAGUGAAAAUGGUGUUCUUCACCUGCAACGCCUGUGGGGAAUCCCUGAAAAAAGCUCAGGUUGAAAAACACGUGAACAUGUGCCGGGGAUGCCAGGUCCUGUCCUGCAUCGAUUGUGGAAAAGAUUUCUGGGGUGACGACUACAAGAACCAUCUUAAAUGCAUCAGUGAAGACCAAAAGUAUGGAGGCAAAGGCUACGAGGGUAAGGCGAACAAAGGAGAUGUGAAACAGCAGCAGUGGAUCCAGAGAGUCCAUGACGCCAUGAACAAUCCUGGAGUCAGUGCAAAGCUAAAGGGUGUGCUCCAACAAGUCAGUUCAUAUGAUAACGUCCCAAGAAAGAAGGCUAAGUUUCAGAACUGGAUGAGAAACAGUCUUAAAAUAGCUAACACCAGUCUUCAUGAUGAAGUGUGGGACAUCCUCAGUGCAGCUGACAAUUCUCCUGAGACCCCCAAGGAGACUAAAGAAGCCAAACAGACAGUGGCUGAGGUCAAAGCGGAUACUAAUGGAAAUGAAAAGCAGAAUGGCCAUCAAGAUGGUGAGGAGGAGAAGAAGAAGAAACUGAACAAACGUGAGCGCAAAGAAGCCCGUCAGCAGAAGAAUGGGAAGGCUGUGAAAGGUGCUGAUAAGACGGUUGCACAGGAGCCAGAAGAAGGCAAAAAGAAAAAAAAGGACAGAAAGAGGAAGCACAGCUCUGAAGAAGACGGAGAUGAAGAGCAGAAUGGUGCUGCUGAUGAGACAUCCAGCAAGAAGUCAAAGACAGUGGACGAAGAAGCUGCUGACACUUCAGAGGAAACUGAGGAUCAAGAAGUUCCCAAAGGCAAAUUCAACUGGAAGGGAAAUAUCAAGGCAGUACUGAGAGAAUCAGAUGACCAGGAACUGCCAGUUAAGAAACUUAGGAAGAAGAUUUUGGCAGCGUACUACUCUUUCACUGGUGAUCGGAAUUUUAAAAAGGAGGAGGAUGUGCUUGCACUUUUCAACAAGAAGAUCAACAACAAUCCCAAAUUUAGAGUCUUGAAAGACAGAGUUAGACUUGUAAAGUAGACAUGUUUAUCUCACCCUUCCGGCAUGAAAUGUAUGUUGUUCCUUGACUUUUAAAAUUUAAAAGCCAUUGUUGUCUGCCAUCCUCCCUUGGAUGUUUUUGUACAGAUGACCUAAUCUCGAAGAUUAAAUAAUUUUAUAACUGAAUUCCCUUUCCUGUUCCCGUUCAGUAGUUUUACUGAUGGCAGCUGCAUGGUCAGCUCGAGGAAGACUUUUACAAAUCACCUUACAGCGUGUUGUUUUAUGUAUGAAAUGACAAUUGUGAUAUACGGCUGCUCUGUUCCACAUUCCAAGCCCACGGUAAGGCUGGGAAAUGGCAUUUUAUCUGUGGGAUUGGAUGUUGGAGUGGGGGAAGGGAAAUAGGAGAGGUGCACCUGAGGUGAAUUUGACUCUCACACGGGACGAAGCUAAUGCACAUUCCUCGGCACCCCGAACGGGGUUCACUUGGCCAGGUACACAGAAGCUCCAUAGAAGCAAGACGCUUGGUGUCAGCCUCAGGUGAAGUUUUAAUGCUGUCUGAUUUUCCACUGCUAGAAUGAGCAGACCCUUUUACCCUGUAUACACACACACACACACACACACACACACACACACACACACACACACACACACACACACACACACACACACA